AAUCGACAGACCCACCACCACUAUUGUUUAUUUUGUUUUUCGUCGUUUUUGGAUUCUGAUUUAAAUCACCUCGCGGCGAAAAUCGGCAAAUUCUAAACAAGCGCGUUCACCAUUUAAAUUCUGAGUGUAAGCUAAACGACUGGCAUUUAACGAACCCACCAAAAAAAAAAAACCCCAACCAAAUCAAGAGCUGCGAAUUUGUAGAUCCUCAAAAUGUGCGACGAGUCCAUUGAAAAUGUGGAGCAUCAAGACCACCAUGUGCACUUCGACACGAACACGGUGAAGGAUGACUUCGAAUCGGACAGCUGUGUGACAUAUCAAAGGUCGGGCGACACGAUUGUUGUGAGCCUGGGCUUUCUGCAGAUCAGACAUCGCUACCUGAUCGAGCUCAAGCUGCCAACGUCGCUGUUUGGCGAUGCCAAGACGCUGGCCAACAAGUUUGAGCCGGUGAUCAGCGCCACACCGAGCUUGCACUGCAGGAUCACCGAGUUCGAGGGCACCAAGCACGACGAACACGACUUUUUCGAGAUGAAAAUCGAGUUCUUUGCCUACAAGGAGAAGUUGCUGCGCGAGGUCCUUCACAUCGUCAGCUCAUCCAAUGCCAAGGAACUGCUUCAGCUGGUGAUCGCCGCCCGGGUGUUGGGCAAGGGCAAGGGCACACCUAUGCUGCGGACAGGAAUCCACUGCAUCGGUGUCGAGAAGGAUGACGAUGAGUCGGAGGCCUCCGAUUUCGCUGGCUUUGACAGCAAGCCCUAAACUGGAAUCCCAAUUCUCGCCUUGCCGCAACUUGUUUUCUUAGUUAAUUGCAAAUAUUUGCAUAGUUCUUAAGUGAAGGAGAAGAGAAUGAUAUGUAACAUUAGUUAUUACCUACACAGUUAUUGUGUACGUAGAACUCAUUGAGCAUUUACAUUUAGAUUUCGGUUUCAGUUUUGCUUCUUGUACUUAACAUUUGUAAAAUAACCGUGUCCGUUUCUGUUGCACGUGAGUGGGCGAACUGCCAAUAAUACUUGACAUUUUGAUUGAUACUCAAGACCCUGUUAUACCCGAAAUUCUUGAUUUCGCCAGUAAGAUUAAAAUGUUAAACAGUUUGUUUUCAAGUCAGCUUUGUCAUGUAUUAAAGCAAUCUAAACAAUUUAAGUGGGUGUGUCCCACUUAAUUCAAUUUCAUGACCUUUUGAACAAUGAACAGUUUUAAUAGCCAAUGAAGUUUCGGACUAAGAGUUUUUUAAAAUUUUAAAUAUCGCUGUACAUACAUAAAAUCGUAUUUAUUUAUAUUCCAUAUAACUGCACCAUAUACAAACUAUUGUCACAAAAAUAUCUGUUUGAAAUAUAUCCUCAGAACUACACAGAGACCAAA